CUUCAUCGAAACGUUACAAUCCCAUUGUUGUAACUACUGUAUCAUUUCCAAUCCUAGGUGCAAUAGGCCAAGCACCCCAAAAUUAAAGAAAAAGGGCAAAAAGUCCCACUUUUGAGUCUUGAGUGUAUCUCCAAGCAAAGUGGGAUAAUUUAGUUGGUGACAUAAAUAUAUGGAGGCUUGAUACUGUUUCCAUGUCUCGCCCCACAUCCAUCACCUCUCCAGCGACUCAAAAAGUCUUGCUUUCAGUCCACAUGAAAGAGCUCAAACAGACCAACAAAACUCCAAACUAACUGAGAAAACCCAAACCAAAACCAAAAAAUGCCCAUACUCAGACCACUCAUCACCAUCCUCUCUCUAUCCUUUCUUUUCCUCCAAACUUGUGACGCUGUCUCAAUUUUAGACCUCAACAAUGCACUGAAAAACAGUGAAGUUGAUGUCAUGGUGCCAAGGGUUUGCAACAACAAGCUUGAAGAUUGCUUAGAAGAGCAAGAAAUGGAGUCAGAGAGCAACAGGAGAGUGCUGGUUAUGCAGAGAAGGUACAUUAGCUAUGAGACACUGAGGAGGGACAUGGUCCCAUGUGCAAAGCCUGGUGCUUCUUACUAUGAUUGUAAUGCUGGUCAGGCAAAUCCUUAUAACAGGGGUUGUGAGGUUAUUACAAGAUGUGCUAGAGGUAUCAAAGAUAUCAAAACCUGAAAACCCAAUUGUUGAAGUUAAGACUGCGGCAGCUGCUUUUUGCAAUUGGUAAUGUCUUGUAGUGGGUUUCUGAGAUUUUUGGUGUCUUUCUGGGUCUCUUUUUUUUUUUUAAAUGUUUCUGUGUUAUGAUUGUAUAUUAAAGAUUCUCACUUUUAAUUUUCUAUAUAAAUGCAUGUUUAGCUUGAAUUUUGAGAAGAUCUGGGGCUUCCUUGUUAGAGUAAUUGAAAAAAAAUUACUUGA